CGUGAGGAUGUUAUAGUGCGUACGCUAACCUGGGGGAUACGACAAUAUGUCACUGACAGGAUUUUUACGGUUUCUAAGACAUUCCUUACAGCAGCUGGAGUCCAGUUUAAUACAGGCUGCAGGACUGGACAGGAAUAUAGGUCCUGCUCUGGCUGUGAAUGGACCCAGCCUUCUUCCUCAACCUCAGCGCAUUAGAGAUGAUGACAGCCCUGAGCCCAGUUUCCUGGACAGCAUCUUCUGGAUGGCUGCACCCAAGAAGAGACGUACCAUUGAGGUGAAUCGCUGCAGAAGAAGGAACCCAAAUAAACUCAUUGAAGUCAAGAUGAACAUUGAGCCAUGUCCAGACUGUGGGAACCUAAAACAGAAGCAUGUUCUUUGUGGGUUCUGCUAUGAGAAGAUCCAAAAGGAGACAUCCAGGAUUCGGAAGCAGAUCGCAGUCAUGGAAGGCCGACCUCACAACGCACCCACUGUGGAGACUGUGGUUCUGUAUGAGAACGAAGCUCCUCGAGAUGUAGACAAGGAAAAGAGAAUAGUGGAGCGAAGCAGAAAACGCCCCUUAUGGUUUCACCUGUAACUUACCCUGAGCUUUUUUUUUUUUUGUAUAAUAUUCUCAAUAUUAAAGUAUUAAAUCUGUUGGA